AAGUCUGUCCUGUUGGUAAACGUUAUUAAUGGGGAUCCAUGUUAUUUUAGAAAUGAUGGAUGAUCAAGUAUCAGUUUUAUUAAUUGUUUAGUUAGAUCAUUAUAACGCAACGAAUAGAGGGAUUAGUGUAUGCAAUUGUGUUUUGUAUAGAUUUUUCGUUUGCACUUUUUGACGUUGGUACACCGAGUAUAAUGAUUGACGGUCGGCCAUUUUCUUUGUUUGGGUGAAAAAAAGGUUUUUACCGAAGAAUUGGCGUCGGUUUAUUUUAUUUAAUUGUUAUUGGAUCGAUACGAUUUUUGUGUUUCCGUUCGGUUUGUGUGAGUUUCUGGAUAAAUACUGUCGCCGCGUUCGGGAGAGAAGAGCUUCGCCGGUGGUUGUUGAAGGGUGGAAAAGGAUAGGAAUAUGAAGAUGAAACUGGUGGAUCACGUGGUGAGGAGCUUCCGAGUUGCUAAGGUGUUCCGCGAGAACACCGACAAGAUCAACAGCAUCGACUUUUCGCCAACCGGUGAAACCCUUAUUUCGUGCAGCGAGGAUGACCAAAUAGUUAUUUACGAUUGCGAGAAGGGCACACAAGCUCGAACUGUUAACAGCAAGAAGUACGGCGUCGACUUAAUCCAUUUUACGCACGCAAAGAAUACAGCCAUCCACAGCAGCACCAAAGUCGACGACACCAUCCGUUAUUUGUCACUACACGACAACAAGUACAUACGAUAUUUUCCUGGUCACACGAAGAAGGUGGUGUCGCUAUGCCUGAGCCCCGUCGAAGACACAUUCCUCUCAGGCUCUAUGGAUAAAACGCUAAGGCUUUGGGAUCUAAGGUCUCCAAAUUGUCAAGGUUUGAUGCACUUGACUGGUAGGCCUGUGGCUGCUUAUGAUCCUGAAGGUUUAAUUUUUGCUGCUGGCGUUAAUUCUGAAUGUAUCAAGCUGUAUGAUUUGCGGUCCUUUGAUAAAGGGCCCUUUGUUACGUUCAAAUUAACACAGGAGAAGGAAUGUGACUGGACGGGACUUAAGUUUUCCAGAGAUGGAAAGACCAUUCUUAUUAGCACAAACGGAUCCAUCAUUAGGUUAAUUGAUGCCUUCCAUGGUACACCCCUGCAAACAUUCACAGGUCAUCUGAACAAUAAGGGCAUACCCAUAGAGGCAUCCUUUUCACCUGAUUCACAGUUCAUAUUUAGUGGGUCAACUGAUGGGAGGGUGCACGUUUGGAACGCGGACACUGGUUACAAGGUCUGCGUUCUGAACGCUGAUCAUCCUGGUCCUGUGCAAUGUGUUCAGUUUAAUCCUAAAUACAUGAUGUUGGCAAGCGCAUGCACGAACAUGGCAUUCUGGUUGCCAGCCAUGGAAGAUACAUAGACUGUUUAUUUAAUUUAAUUAAAAAUAUCUAAAAACACAUUACUAUUAUUAUGAUUAUUUUGAAUGUGAUGGACAAGUUUGAUAAUAUCAAUUUAUUGUUAAAUUGUAAAUAUGUUUUCUCUGUCUCCGUGGAUCAUAAGAAAUGAUAAAAGGAAAUUGUAUAUACAUUUUAUUUAAAAUUUGAAAUAUUUUUUUUAUAUAUUUGUCUUUGGAGAAACACAAUUGGGAAUAACAAUUAUAUGCAGUGCAUUUAACGUUUGUUUUUGUUCGUUUUCGAAGAACAAGAGUUGAAAAAGAGCGUAGAAAAGGAUAGUCAAAAGAAAAAUAAGCCGAUAAUUUGUUUUUACCUACCAAUGUUUCAUAACUUUCAGUAUUCAUUGAUGUUUUUUUUUUCUGUUUAUCUUUUUGUAACAAAACAUAUGUAUGUUCCUUAAAAACAAAUAAAAAGUUGUAAUAUAAA